CUACUAUAUCGAAUAUUCAUCCACUAAAUUAACCAUAUUGCCAAUCAUCAUGGACCGAGUGCAGGCGUUCGGAAAGAACCUCAGGUAAUACACCCCUCUUCCCCGGAUCCAAUGCAUUGCUUGUUUUUGUGGAGCUGUCAUGUCGCAUUAGACCACUGUGGUCAUUCAAGGAAACCCUACCUGCUGACAUGAUCUGUUCUUGCUUUUUAUUGCGGCUAGUGCGAACUUCACGCCCUUUGCUGCGCGCACGCAGCAGAUGCUCAAGGAGCAAUUUGGCCAGGUUGAGGACAAGACCCAGCUCCCCGACGAGUACAUCGAGCUCGAGAAGCGUAUUGAUGCGCUGAAGCUGGUUCAUCAGAAGCUUCUGCAAGUAACCUCCCAGUACUCCAAUGAAGCUUAUGACUAUCCGCCCAACAUCCGCGAGUCCUUCAACGACCUUGGUCGUACCAUCCAAGAAAAGGUCCAACUCCUUUCCCAAGCCGCCUCCCCCGCGGAGGCCCAAGCUGCUCUGACUGCCCCGCCAGCCGCAAAGCCCCAGCCCAAGACCUUCAACCACGCCAUUGCCCGUGCCUCCCUGUCCGGAUCGCAGACCCUAGCCCAGAGUGCUAACGGCGAGGACUCCUUGGGAGGUGCCUUGGAGAAGUAUGCCCUCGCUUCGGAGAAGGUGGGCGAGGCCCGUCUGGCACAGGACGCCCAGAUCCAGUCGCGGUUCCUGGCUGGAUGGAAUACGACACUUAACACGAACUUGAUGUUUGCUGCUAAGGCGCGCAGGAAUGUGGAGAAUGCUCGUCUUAUGUUGGACUCGGUGAAGGCUAACAAGAAGGCUGCUGCCCGGGGUGACCUUGAUAACUUGAGCGAGGAGGCCCGUGCUGAGAUUGAGCAGGCGGAGGAUGAGUUUGUCGGACAGACUGAGGAGGCUGUGAGCGUCAUGAAGAAUGUCCUCGAUACCCCUGAGCCCUUGAGAAACCUAGCAGACUUGAUUGCCGCACAACUCGAAUUCCACAAGCGGUCGUACGAGAUUCUUAGCGAAUUGGCUCCUGUCGUCGACGGUCUACAGGUUGAGCAAGAGGCUAACUAUCGUAAGAGCCGUGAGGGAGCGUAAAUGAUAUCAUGAUUUUCUAUCUUGUCGUGGUCUUUGUUUGUUCUCGAUGUCCCAGUUUGUGUUUCUUAACUACCCCAUCACUGUACUGCUUUUUGUGCUCGGGAUGAGCUUUCCAUAUACUUUUAUGUCUGGGUUU